AUGGCGGGCUUUGACUUCUCCAACCAUAACCGCAAUGCGGCACUUCACGCCCAGGGUGUGCCCCUCCCCAAAGCGACGAGCACCGGAACAACCAUUGUUGGAUGUUUAUUUGAUGGCGGCGUCGUAAUUGCAGCAGAUACCCGAGCGACAAGCGGACCCAUAGUAGCAGACAAGAACUGCGAGAAGCUACACUACAUCGCGCCCCAGAUCUGGUGCGCAGGUGCCGGUACCGCCGCCGAUACCGAGUUCACCACCGCCAUCAUCUCGUCCAACCUGGAGCUGCACGCUCUCUCCACCGGCCGCAAGCCGCGCGUAGUCACCUGUAUGACUCUGCUCAAGCAGCACCUCUUCCGUUACCAGGGCCACAUAGGCGCCUACCUCGUCAUCGCGGGUGUCGACCCCACCGGCUCACAUCUCUUCACCGUACACGCCCACGGCUCCACCGACAAGCUCCCCUACGUCACAAUGGGUUCGGGAUCGCUAGCCGCCAUGUCUGUCUUCGAGACGCAGUGGAAACGGAAUCUGUCCAGGGAUGAUGCCGUGAAGCUGUGCGCGGACGCGAUUCAGGCGGGUAUCUGGAACGAUCUGGGAUCUGGUAGCAACGUGGACGUGGCGGUUAUCACAGAGGAGAAGACAACCUUGAUGAGGAACCACCUUACACCCAACGAGCGUGGCAGGAAGGAGCGGAAUUAUAGGUUCGACAGGGGGACGACUGCGGUGCUCAACGAGAAGAUCAUCAAGAGGGAGGAGAUCAGCAAGUACGUUACUGUGCACGAGCUGCAGGAUGACAGCGUCACAGCAACGGCGGAGACAAUGGAUGUGGACUCAUGA